UUUAAUUAAGGGAGUACUCGGGUUCUCUGCAUUGUACGCCGGCUCUCGGCGCUGACCGCUGGCUGAGAAGUGCCGGGGUGACCGGGCGGAGGGCGAUGCCCGGAGGCUCGGCGGGGGUCGAGGCGUGCCCGAGGGAGGCCGGGGCAGCGCGGCGGCGGGCAGGAGCGGCGCCCCGCUGCCUUGGAAUCUGAGCUUCUGGUAAACACAUUGGCCUGUUAAAGGACAUGAUUCAGACUGUCCCAGAUCCAGCAGCUCACAUCAAGGAAGCGUUAUCAGUGGUAAGUGAAGACCAGUCCUUGUUCGAGUGCGCCUACGGAUCACCCCACCUUGGAAAGACAGAGAUGACGGCCUCCUCCUCCAGUGACUAUGGGCAGACGUCAAAGAUGAGUCCGCGUGUUCCCCAGCAAGACUGGUUAUCACAGCCCCCAGCCAGAGUCACCAUCAAGAUGGAGUGUAAUCCAAACCAGGUUAAUGGGUCAAGGAAUUCACCUGAUGACUGCAGCGUGGCAAAAGGAGGGAAAAUGGUUAGCGGCUCAGACAAUGUUGGGAUGAACUAUGGAAGCUACAUGGAAGAGAAGCACAUUCCACCCCCAAAUAUGACUACCAAUGAACGAAGAGUUAUUGUGCCAGCAGAUCCUACGUUAUGGAGUACAGACCACGUACGCCAGUGGCUGGAGUGGGCAGUGAAGGAGUAUGGUCUCCCAGAUGUGGACAUCUUGUUGUUCCAGAACAUUGAUGGGAAGGAGUUGUGUAAAAUGACCAAAGACGACUUCCAGAGACUCACCCCAAGCUAUAAUGCAGAUAUCCUCCUGUCACAUCUACACUACCUCAGAGAGACUCCUCUUCCACAUUUGACUUCAGAUGAUGUUGAUAAGGCCUUACAAAACUCUCCACGGUUAAUGCAUGCUAGAAACACAGGAGGUGCCACUUUUAUUUUUCCAAAUACAUCAGUUUAUCCAGAAGCAACACAAAGAAUUACAACCAGGACAGAUUUGCCUUAUGAGCAAGCCAGGAGAUCAGCAUGGACGAGUCACACCCCCACUCCUCAGUCAAAAGCUACUCAGCCAUCAUCCUCAACAGUGCCCAAAACAGAAGACCAGCGUCCACAGUUAGAUCCUUAUCAGAUUCUUGGACCGACCAGCAGCCGUCUUGCAAAUCCAGGGAGUGGCCAGAUACAGCUAUGGCAGUUCCUGCUGGAGCUCCUCUCGGACAGCUCCAACUCCAACUGCAUCACCUGGGAAGGCACCAACGGGGAAUUCAAGAUGACCGACCCUGACGAAGUGGCUCGACGCUGGGGGGAGAGAAAAAGCAAGCCUAACAUGAACUAUGACAAACUCAGCCGUGCACUCCGCUACUAUUAUGAUAAAAAUAUUAUGACUAAGGUUCAUGGUAAGCGCUAUGCCUACAAAUUUGAUUUCCAUGGAAUCGCUCAGGCCCUCCAGCCUCACCCCCCGGAGUCAUCCAUGUACAAAUACCCGUCAGACCUCCCCUACAUGAGCUCCUACCAUGCGCACCCCCAGAAGAUGAACUUUGUAGCUCCCCACCCCCCUGCUUUGCCUGUAACCUCAUCCAGCUUUUUUGCUGCCCCUAAUCCAUACUGGAAUUCACCAACUGGAGGUAUCUACCCCAAUACCAGGCUGCCAGCUGCUCAUAUGCCUUCUCAUCUUGGCACCUACUACUAAGUGGGGAAAAAAAGAAACACCAGAAAAAGGAAACAAAGACACUGCUCACUGGGACACAGUCCCUGAUGAGCUGCAAUGAACUCUAUUGGAGUACAUGAAUUAAAAGUGCCUAAAGAGACAAGUGAAGGUUUGGCUGGGAAAAAAAAAAAUUAAAAAUAGAUGUCAAAAAGACUCUUUGUAGUAGGGUUUUAAAAGAGAUACUCAUGAAGUAUUAAGAUACUAAAAUGUAAUGUAUAUGGGGCAUCGACUCUGUGGACCAAACAACAGUAGACUAUAGUAGGUAAAAGCAUGAAAUGAUAAGGAAAACCUACAAAAGCUAGUGGUCUUAAAAAGUUGAUAAGCUUAAGUGUAAAGUUUGAUAUCUUGCUAAUGCAAAACUGGGACUAUACUACAGCAAUAUAAGGAUAAGUCUAUAGUGACCUAACACAAUAUAUGAAUCAUUACAAAAGAGGCGGGGAAAGGGGAAAAAAGGAAAAAAGAAAAAAGAAAACUACCUGUAUUUAAAAACUAGAGACAUAUCAACAAAAGAGGCUGGUUUAGUGUGGAAGGUGAUUUGGAAUAUAAAGGCAUUGUUUUGGUUAAAAUCACAUGCGUUCCAUUCAUCAGAGUGUUAUCAGCUACUCAAACUGUGAAGACAACCCAAAAUUUAGGAUUCCUUGACAGUAUUACAAGAACCCUGAGCCAAACAUUGGAAAUGAGAACGUGCUGAAGGGCAAGUGUAUGAUUGUAGAUCAGAGGCCUACACCUGACAGAGGAAGAGGAAAGGAGAAAGAGGAGGACAAAGGCGGUAAGAAUGGGAGAAAAGAAACUUCUUUACCAGUAGAGACUGAAGAGACUGAAAACUUAGUAGUGUUGGGACUAUGAAGAAAUACUUGUUUGGACUUGCGAAACAUUUUGCUCAGUAUCAUACCAUUCCCAGUAUUACAGGAGGAACAGACUUGUUUUUAUAGUAAUAAAAAAGUGAAAAAGGGAAAAGCAGAAGAAAUCAGAAAUCAGAAUAUGCAUCUCUUUUUUUUUAAAAAAAAAAAAAAAAGUAAAACUGGAAUUGUGUUUGAUAUUUAAAAGUUACCAGUUAGAACCUCAUCGUUAUUAAGGGGGUUUCUUUUCUAUUGGUUAAAGCAAGAGACAACCCUUGACUGCCAAAAUUAGAAAUCAUCUAAGUAUUUUUGUUAGGUGGGCGCCAGUUUUUCUUUAUUGAGUCGCGAACGCUGUGCGUUUGUCAGAAUGAAGUAUACAAGUCAAUGUUAUUUUUUCCUUUUUAUAUAAUUAUUAUAUAACUUAUGCAUUUAUACACUACGAGUUGAUCUCGGCCAACCAAAGACACAAAAAGGGACAAUCAAAAAUUGUGGCCUUGAAUUUUAACUCUGUAUGCUUAAUGUUUACAUUAUGAACAUAUUAGUACUUAGAAUGCAGAAUGUAUGUAAUAAAAUAAGCUUGGCCUAGCAUGGCAAUUCAGAUUGACACAGUAGUUUGUAUUUGCAUUUGCAUUUUCAGUUCCUGACACGCCUAUCAGAACUUCUUCUCACCAAAUUAAAUUAUGUUAGGCAUUUUGUUUUAAAAUUUUGUUUUGUGAAAUCUGGCAAUCGUGAAAAAGUAGGAAAAAGUAGCAAUGCUUAGCAUAAACUAAAUGUGGAUAGGUGCUAUGUAUAUUCUUUUCCAGACAAUUCUGCUAAAAUGUUUGCAAAUCUUUGUAACAGUGUUUUGCCAUUCCUGUCCUAAACUUCUUUUGCCCGGAGAUUGCAUGCCCAGUUCUUUGACAACUUCAUGGCCAAGAUUCAAAAUGAAGUCUAAAGGAGUCCUCUAAGGAAGAAUCCUGUUACCCAGAAAUUAUCUUUCAUUGGCAUCAGAUUAUGUAGCAUAAUCUCAGCCUGAGAUGUAUCUUCAUACUGACACAUAUGUUGAAUUACCAUGCCCCCUUCCUAUUAAUACAUACUGUAUCAUUAUUAGUAAAUAAAGUGAAUAAUGAAUAAUUUCCAUUAUUCCUCACUU